AUGGAAGAACUGGUAUCGCUGGCUAAACGCCGCGGCUUUAUAUUUCAAUCCAGCGAUAUCUACGGUGGAUUGCAGGGUGUGUACGACUAUGGACCGCUUGGCGUCGAGUUGAAAAACAACCUGAAAGCCGCAUGGUGGCGCGCUAUGGUCUACGAGCGCGAUGACGUAGAAGGCCUUGAUGCGGCAAUUCUGACCAACCCGCUGACGCUCAAAUACUCAGGUCACGAGGCCACGUUCACCGAUCCACUGGUAGAUUGCCGUAAUUGCAAAAGUCGCUGGCGGGCUGAUCAUCUUGAAGGAAACACCUGCCCGGGUUGCGGUUCAGGCGACCUUACAGAGCCAAGGCCUUUCAAUCUGAUGUUUAAAACCCAACUCGGACCGGUGGACGAUGGCGGUUCUUUUGCCUAUUUACGACCGGAAACAGCCCAGGCGAUCUUCACUAAUUUCAAAAACGUCAUGGAUUCCACCUCGCCUAAACUGCCUUUUGGUAUCGCACAGAUCGGCAAAGCGUUCCGCAAUGAAAUCACACCGCGCAACUUCAUUUUCCGGGUGCGUGAGUUUGAGCAGAUGGAACUCGAAUUUUUUGUUGCCCCUGGAGAAGAUGAACAAUGGCAUGACACCUGGGUAGCCGAACGCCUCAAGUGGUGGGGGCAACAGGGCGUCAAUGAAAAUAAUCUGGAGCUCUACCACGUGCCCGCAGAUGAGCUUGCCCACUACAGCAAAGCUACCGUAGACGUUAUGUACCGCUUUCCGCAUGGACUUGAGGAGCUUGAGGGCAUUGCCAACCGCACCGAUUUUGACCUGGGAUCGCACAGCAAGAACCAGGACGACCUGAACCUGCACUCAGCAGUCACGCCUAACAAAGAAUCCAACGCGCGACUCGCGGUGCAGAAUCUGGAAACCAAAUCCUGGGUAGUGCCGUUUGUCAUAGAGCCUUCCGCCGGGGUUGAUCGGGGCGUACUGGCUGUAAUGAAUGAAGCCUAUCGGGUCGAAACGUUGGAAAAUGGCUCCGAACGCACCGUCAUGGCGUUUAAACCACACCUUGCGCCAAUCAAAGUUGCCAUUCUGCCUCUGAAACGCAAUCACGAGGGUAUUGUGGCCAAAGCCAAAGGCCUGAAGCGGGAAUUACAGGCGCUGGGUCUGGGCAGAAUCCUUUAUGAAGACACCGGUAACAUUGGCAAAGGCUAUCGCCGCCACGACGAAGUGGGCACACCGAUGUGCGUGACAGUCGACUUCCAGACGAUAGAAGAGGACGACACCGUUACCGUGCGAGACCGCGAUACCAUGGACCAGGAGCGUAUCGCCUGCGCUGACCUGGCCGCUUAUGUGCGUCUUGUCAGUGACAUCACCGCGCUGGCCAGCGCGCUCGACCUCAACGUUGAAGACAGCCGCAUGACCGUAUUGGGUGGCGAAUUUGCGGUGCUCAUGGCGUUGCAGGGUGAACCGGACAAACUGGCGCAAUUCAAACAGCAGCUUGAGACACUCUGUGCUGGCAACAACCUGGCAUACAUUUACCGCGACACAGAAUCCAGGCCGCCCAACCAGUCUGUGCGCCCCUAUGUGGCUACUGUGAUGGCGCUUGACCAUCCAGGUAUUGUUUACGCGGUUGCACAAUUCUUCUCAGCGCGCCAGAUCAACAUCCGUGACAUGCACACCGACACGCGACCUGCCGCACAUACAGGCACGCCUAUUUUCAGUGUGAGUCUGGUCGCUGAAGUACCGGCAGACGUUAAAGUGCACAGCCUUAAGGCGCAGUUUGAAGCAUUCUGCGAAGAAGCUGACCUGGACGGCCAUAUGGAAGCACAGCGUUAG